AUUGUGAUUAAUUAAACAACGCAAAUGAUAACGGCUGAAAGGCAAAUCGGUAUAAAUGCGAGCUUCAGAUGAGUCAAAAUUCUAGUUUCACAACUGCAACAUGUGUAAAUUGUCGUUCUCCAUCGCACUGUGCGCCGUAUUCGUCUGUCUGAGCACGGCUCUGUCCCGGUGUUGCCCUCGGAAAUGCGAGCUCGCAUUUCGCUGCGAUCCCUUUUACAGGGAACCAGUGUGGAGUAUUGUUGAUGGAUUCUGCCGAGGCUUCCAGAAUAGCUGCAUAUUCGAAUCGGAGAACUGCAAUCGUGUGAACAGCUGCCGGAGAGCUUUGGUAAGAACAACUCGAGAGGCGUGCAAGAAACGUUGCGUUCAGAUCUGCCCACUGGGCGGCAGUGGAGUCUGUGCCACAUUCGCAGAUACUAGCAGGGAAGGCGCCCGCAUAACGAGCACCAGAACUUUCCUGAAUCGCUGCCUCUUGGAUCAACACUCCUGCGUAAACGGAAUACCGUAUAUCGGAGUAGAAGAGGGCGAAUGCAGGCAAUAAGUACCUUAACUAAAAUUGAGUUGAGUUGAAGUACCGGAACUUGGAUAUUUCAUCAGACAAAAGCGAAAGUGCACAGCUCGAACCGAUCACUUGUUAUUGACCCCCAACAAGUGUUAAAG